AUGAGUGUGAUGGCCGUCGGUCUGUUCAUCGCGAUUCUCAUCCUUUUCAAUGCUUUUCAAAUUCAACAAAAGGAGAGAAGUGAUGAAUUGACGAAGAUCAACUCGGAAAUCUCGCAAAGUGAUGAUCGAUCGACGAAGAUUGGUGCUGAUCUGAAAGAGAUGGAUUCCAAAGUCGCCGAAAUGUCAAAGAAAAUGGCGAAGUUGGAGGCUGAUUUGGUUGAGGGAA